AUGGGCAUUGUCUCUGCAGAAUGUUCCUUUAUUCUCCUACUGUCUCAUAAGGCGCUGGGGCCCGGCCCAUCUCCCUGCCUCUUCUCCGCGCUGAGCAGUCGGAAAAGCGAAGAUCCUUAUAAGCCUGUGCACCUGGGCCUGCGCCCUGCAGAUGAGGUAGCCACUGUGGCAAUGGCCCGCAUCAUCGACCUGGUGCCCUGGGAGGACGGCUUCACCCACGUGUACGCGUCCCCGGCCAUCCUGCUCCCCAUCGAGCGGCGGCGCAACCAGCUGGCCGGCGUGAAGCAGCAGCUGUACCACCCGGCCCUGCCCAGCCUGCGCCGCAUGGACAUGGACUCCGUCAGGGCCUGCCUUCCCGACGAGCACUGCCAGUCCACCACCUACUGCUGCAAAGACGACUUUGACAACGCCUACUUCACGCUCCUCGGCGUCCCCAACAAACCCCUGCAGUGCUUGGACAUCACAGCGACCGGCCAGAGGCUCCGCGACAGGUGCCGCGAGGGAAAGCUGGCGCCCAUCGCGCCCGGCAUCAACCGCGUCGACUGGCCCUGCUUCACGCGCGCCAUCGAGGACUGGUCCCACUUCGUGUCCUCAGCCGGCGAGUUCAAGCUGCCCUGUCCGAGCAAGAAAGUCGAGAGUUUCAGCGGCUACGCAGUGCGGUACUUGAAGCCGGAGGUGACCCAGAACUGGCGGUACUGUCUCAACCAGAACCCCAGCCUGGACCGCUACGGACAGAAGCCCCUGCCUUUCGACUCCCUGAACGCUUUCCGACGCUUCGGCUCACGCUACAGUCGUGUCAACUACCUGAUCCCCUGGCAUUAAUCUGUGAAAAGGAGGCCGAUCCUCUGGCUGCUGGACCGUGCCACCUCAGGUUCCCCAGCAGGACAGAGAGUGUAUGGUGGCACCACCCAUCUCCCUUAGAGUUCAGCCUGACUGGAAAUAAACCUAAUGCUCCCACAGGGAGGCACC